AUGGGUGAACCAACGCCGUCGGUAGAGCCGACGAGCCAUAUUGGAGACAAUUACGAAGUCCCGAACCCCGAGCCGCACUCAUCAUUCACGACUCUAAAGGAACGAAUCCGACACCACUACGAGCUUGCCUCGGACUAUUACUAUUCGCUCUGGGGUCAACACAUCCACCACGCCUACUUCCUCUCGCCCACAGACACCAAAGAAACCGGCCAAACCAACCUCAUCAAUCUCCUACUGGAAAUCUCCGGCCUCGAACCAGGCUCUACAGUACUCGAUGUCGGCUGCGGCAUCGGCGGCACCACACGCCACCUGGCCCGCGAACUCGGCUGUACCGUCAUUGGAAUCACCAUUUCCGGCCGACAAGUGCAGAUAGCGCAACGACUGACGAGGGAAGAAGCAGCUAAACUAUCCAAAACCGAAACCGCAACUUCUGAGACAGCGACACCAUCAUCCGCCAACACUGACGCCGACGCCGACGCCAAUGGCUUCAUCCCACUAGGCCACCGCGGCGGCAAAGUCAAAUACAUCGAACUAGACGCCGAAAGGAUGGAAUCGGUCUUUUCCGAGUCGAGCUUCGACUGUGUCUGGAUUUCAGAGGCGUUGAGUCAUUUCCCCGAUAAACCGCUUUUCUUUCGGAAUGCGGCGCGCGUGUUGCGGUCGAAAGACGCAACCAGCAGCAGUGACAGCAACACAACGGAAACACCAGCAAAAGAAGCAGUGUCUGGAGGCAAACUCGUCAUUGCCGAUUGGUUCCGCGCCGACAAUCUCACGGAUCAACAAAUCCAGGACGACAUCAAGCCGAUCGAGGAUGGUAUGUUGUUGCCUCCGCUGUGUACGCAGGCCGAUUAUGUCGCGUUGGCUGAGGCUGCUGGGUUGGAAGUGCUGCAUAAGCCCAAGGAUAUUAGCAAGGAUGUGGCUAAGACUUGGGAUAUCUCAUGGUCUCUCAUUUCCAAUCCUUCUCUCUGGGCCUUUGCCAUUUCCCAGGGCCGCGACGGUCUUGCGUUUCUGCAGUCUUUCCGCGCGAUGAGGAGAGGCUAUGCUAAUGGAACGUUUCGAUAUGCCGUCAUGGCUUUUGAGAAGAAGAAGAAGGCUGUUUGA